GAUCCGAUGGCGGUGGUUCCAUGUUUGCAUCUGUUCCGACCCCCUCUCCAGUGGCCCCAGCGGCGAUUGUGCCGGCGGCAGCAGCGAUUAGCAACAAGACGCCCUCUGCUCCGGAUCAAUCGCAACCGCCUCCGCAACAACAACAACCGCAGCAGCCGCAGUUUACUAACAAUGUUACGGUGGCCGUCACGCCGGCGCCGACAGUCACCGCACCUUCGCCUGCGCCCGCCGCUUUGCCGCCACCACCUUAUCGAGUACCGUCGAUGCAGCAGAUGACAGAUCUGCGGCCUAGACACCAGUUUCCCACGCAACAGCAGCAACAACAACAACAAAUUAACAUUAAUGGAACGCUUAGUACGCCGAUGCCGCUACUAAAUCAUAGUGCUGCAGGUAUGUUGCGGCCUGCCUGCCCAAAACCAAACACCAAAUUACCUGUUUGUACACCGUCUGGUGGUCAGGCACCUCAACAACAACACGUGCAGAUGCAGCAGCAAACCUGCUCCCAACCACUCCAAAGCUCUCCUUCCCUUGCUGCGGUGGUGACGUCGCCUGCUUUACCUAAUGGCAUUAUGCACACACCGGGUCCAAUGUUGCCAAGUGCUUCCAGUCAGUUGCCAGGUUUACCAAUAGCAGCGACACAGCCCGCAUCUCUUCCUGUGACUUUGCAGCAGCCACAGGUUGCGACGCCAGCCGCGCCACCGCCGCCGGCAAGACCGCCGGGACUUGACGGAUCUGCCCAGCAACCUCGAACUAAUAGCCCUGCCGUCGCCACUAGUGCUGUUCCCGCAGCAGGACCAACAGCCUAUCCAGGAUAUCUGCAUCCGCCGUUGUAUGCACCAUACGCGGCAUCAUUGCACAGUCCUUACCUUCCGGCGAUACCUUCACCAGGAAAGUCUGCCGCACCAGUCGCUCCUACGACCGUCGCACCUGCACCUAGUCCUAUCCGGGAAAGAGACUGCUUUAGUAACAGGUCUGCGAGUACUACACCACUAUCUUCUAAUUAUGGUCCAGGAUCGAUAUCUGGACCACAAGGGCCUUCCCCUGCGUUGCCUUACAGUAAAGCAGCUUCACCAAUUACUGCACCCGUUGCUGUUACCACUUCUAGUCAUACUUUCAAUAACAAACCUCUCUGGUCCACUGUGAACAGUACGGGUCCUAUGGUACACCACUUAUCGCCAGUUCCGGUGCAGUCUUUAACGCGGCCAACGCCUCCGCCCCAACAGCAGCAGCAGACGCAACCUCAGCUUCAACCACAAAUUGUUCCACCGCUUCUAUCGCAGCAACCGCAAUCGGCUUCACAGCCAAUAGUACCUGCAGCAGCUGCGGUUCAGACGCAAGCUGUGGCUCCCCCCGGACCUCUGGCUAUGCCUGCGAUACCGCCGACAAAUGUCUCCACUGCGUCUGCCUAUAGUUCACCAAUGUUUAUCGCACCAUUGCCGCCGCCCGCUCCAGUGCCUUCCCAAGUGACGCCCGUACCGCCUGCAGUAUCGGUGGCCGCGCCACCGGUCACCACGCCUGUUUCUACGCCGACGGCGCCUCUGCCAUUUUCAGCGGAAUCACUUUUCCAGUCAAGCAAACGCACAAGGGACGAUCCAUUCCAGAUACCAUUAAAUCAAGCAGAUAUGUUGCGAAGGGAAUUAGACAAUCGCUUUCUGGCUUCUCAAGAUCGUGCUGGAAUUGGUGGCGUUGUUGGAGCACCAUAUUUGCGAACAGAAAUGCAUCAUCAUCAACAUCAGCAUACACAUGUUCAUCAACACCAACAAGCGCCACCCUCCAUCUUUCCUCCUCCUUUGUUUAAAGACAUUCCGAAGCUAAGUGCAGUCGAGUCGCCGUUCUAUCGUUCCAGUUUAGGAAUGGGUGUUGGAUCUUAUCCCAGUUAUAGUUCUGGAUUACUUCAUCCCGGACUUGGGGGUCCCACGCCUUUUGUACCCCCAAGUCAUCUUCCUGCAUUUACAACGAAGCAACCUUCCUCACAUUUAAACCUGCCAGCAGAUUCCUCAAAACCUAAACAAAUGAAAUCUGGAAAAUGGAAUGCAAUGCAUGUCCGCAUAGCAUGGGAGAUCUAUCACCACCAACAGAAAACACCAGUUGAUGGAAGUAAAGUUGCUCCUAGUCUUACUCCUGGGACCAUCAAAAGCGAACUGUUGCGACCACCUUCUCAUCUAUUUCCUCCUACGGCUUCUCCUGCAAACGGCCCGCCUCCACCACCUUCUGUGGCUGGUUUAGUGCGCCCCCAUGACUUGCCAUCAGUGACAUAUCCUGGUCGGAGUCCUUUUGAUCAAGGACCUCCUACUUUAUCCGGAGCGUAUUUGGGGGCGCCCACAUCACAUUUAGGUGCUGGAAUAUCACCUUUUAGUAGGUUUGGACCAACAUUUGGUCCAAAUCCAAAUUCUCCAUAUGCUGGAUUGUCACCGUUUGGACCAAGUAGAGAACUUUCUCAGCUCGGAGGCCCUCUUAAUUCAGUUCAUGACCCUUGGGGGAGGCCUCACAUUCGCAGCUCGCUACCGAGGGUUAUGCCGGGCUACCCGGCUCCACCUGCUGCAAGUCCGUGGACUCUAAAACCAGAUCCUGGUCUAUUGGAACGACGGGAACAAGAAGAGCAGAGAGAGCGAGAGAUUCGCGAGCGAGAAAUUCGAGAACGUGAGCGAUCAAGAAGAGAAAGGGAAGAGAGAGAAAGAAGAGAACGUGAAAGGGAAAGAGAACGAGAGAGAGAACGCGAAAGGGAAGAAAAGCAGCGAAAAGAGCAGCAAGAACGCGAAAGGGAGAAGGAGCGACGGGAGAAAGAAAGGAGAGAUUUGGAAAGGAGAGAAGCGGAACGAGAGCGACUUAUGCAACAGCAGCACAGGCUUGCUGUCAGUUCAGACAAGAUGGUGAGAGACCGGUCACCUUUAAGAAAUGGUUUAACGGACGCAUCUGGUGUAGCCGAUGUCCGAAUAAAAGACGAACCCCGUAAGGACGACGACCCAGUUCUUGCGGCUCGUUACCAUCCACACGCCCACCCUCUGCCCGCGCAUCAUAAUCAUCCCGCAUAUUUAUCGCAGCGGCUGAUGACCGCACCGCCGCCGCCGCAGCCUACGCAUCGGUUGCUCCCGCCGCCUCAUCUUCCGCACCAUUUUGCGCCUCCUUGGCCCGCGACUGAUCCCUUCCGUGACCAUUACCGAAUAAUGGACCCUCUGCAGCUGCGCUAUAAUCCUAUAAUGGAGGCCGCGUAUCGGGCCGAACACGAAGCCAAGAUGUACAGCGCGUACGCGGCCCAGGCGCAUAAUAGGGCCAAGGACCCGAGUCCCGUGCCGCCGCACAGCGCACAUGCAGUGCAUCGCCUGGUCCCUCCGUCGCUUGCGCACAAGAAGGAAGAUGCGCAGCCGCCGCGAUGACCGAUGCCCCCCGAUCAUCAGAUGUGAUAAUGGACUUUUUGAUAACUGCCGAAUAUAUAUAUGUAAAUAUUAGUUAAGCUCCGAAGUGUAAAUGUUAUUUAUUUAUUUUAGCUACGCCCAGUACGAGGUAUGUGAGUCUCUUGAGUGAUCAUCCUUAUUUUUUUCUAAGAUCGAUGACCGUAUGAUAUUAUAAUUAUUUGUAGAGAACAAAAAUGCAAUGUCAAUUUUUAAUA